AACAAAAACAAAGUCAGUCACUCCAUUUGCCUCUCGCUCCUCACUCCUCUCUCUCUCUCUCUCUCAUCAUGGAUCCACCAUUUGUUCCCUAAACCCUCAAAACAAAAUACCCACGUCACAAGAUUCACAAACAAUCAAAACCCACAAACAAAAUUCAAACUUUAUCAAAACCCCCUUCUGGGGUUUUAUUAUUAUUCCUCAAUUUCUUGAUUUUAUUAUUCUUUUCCGAUCCAUCUGUGAACUAUUAUGUAUAGAUCUGGAGCUGUAAUGGCAUGGAAUGUGUUCAAAUUCUGUACGGCUUUAAGAGGGUUAGGCUCGAUCAUGAUCUUGUUGGUUCUUGGUGUUGUUGGUGUCACUUAUUACGCCCUCGUUUUGUGUAAUUAUGGCCCUGCUUUGACCUCUGGUGGCCUUGAUUCGCUCAUAGCUGUUCUGGUUUUAAUCAUAUUUCAUUCUCUGCUGGGGAUGCUAUUAUGGAGUUAUUUUUCCGUUGUUUUUACGGACCCUGGUGGCGUACCACCUAACUAUCGGCCGCUAGUGGAUCAAGAAAGAGGCGAAAUUGAUCCAUUGGAAGCAUCUGAAUUCGGUCCAUUGACCACACCUGAUCCAACCAAUGCAAGAAUCCGUUAUUGUCGCAAGUGUAACCAACUAAAACCGCCUCGGUGCCACCAUUGUUCUGUUUGUGGAAGGUGUGUACUGAAAAUGGAUCAUCAUUGUGUGUGGGUUGUUAAUUGUGUCGGGGCACUAAACUACAAGUACUUCCUUCUCUUCUUGUUCUACACGUUUCUCGAGACAAUGGUUGUAACUCUAGCCUUGUUACCACAUUUCUUAGCAUUCUUUAGUGAUGAAGAUAUUCCGGGGUCACCUAGCACUCUAGCAACAACUUUUCUUGCUUUUGUCUUGAAUUUGGCUUUCGCUUUAAGCGUUUUCGGGUUUCUAAUUAUGCACAUAUCGUUGGUGUCUGCUAAUACCACAACAAUCGAGGCAUACGAGAAGAAAGCCACUCCAAAAUGGCGUUAUGAUCUUGGUCGCAAGAGAAACUUUGAACAGGUAUUUGGGACAGUACAAAGGUAUUGGUUUAUUCCAGCUUAUAGUGACGAAGAUUUGCGACGAAUGCCUGCCCUUCAAGGCCUCGAAUAUCCAUCAAAACCGGAUUUGGACGCCCAAGAAUUCUAAAAUUUGUGUCAUAAUAAUGUUUUCGUCAUUUAUAGCAUCAGCACCCCCCCCCCCCCCCCCCAAUCGCCACCAAUGCGCGAUGCGCUGAAUGGAUUGCCACUGAUUUCAGUUAUAGGUGUUUUUUUAACUUUGUACAAGUAGUAGUUCGCUGUAAGUCGGGAAAAGUUGGAAGAACGAAAUGUUUUUUUUUAAUGGCGUACAGUUUUUUCGGUCACUAUUGAUGUAGUGUGAGCUGUGUAUAGGGUUGUUGCCACGAAAUGUACAUUAGUAACGGUUUGGAGAAUCACCCUCACGUAAUGAACUUGCAACUUUGUGUCGUUUUUGCU